CGGUAUGGUUUUAACAAAAAAAAAAAAUCUAUCUAGCUAAUGUUUAAGUAAGGAUAUAAUUCAUUCGUACAAUAGUAAAUUCGAGUUUUCCUUCUGACUGUCUCCUCACAUCGCUUCUACUCCAUAAGGGGUAUCCAUACAUACACUUAACUUAUGGACGAAUGCAUCAUCAAGGCUGCUUCUGCUUUUUUACUUGGAUUGCUGAUUUCAGUCUUCAGUAACAGAAACAGUUUCUGUGAUGGGAAGUUCGAGGGUUCAUGCAGGGAGAGAGAGAAACAUGCACUUCUAAAGUUCAAGAGUGAUCUAAUAGAUCCUUCAGGAAGGCUUUCUUCUUGGGGUGUUGAUCAGAAGGAUUGCUGUGUGUGGGUGGGAGUUACGUGCAACAACUCCACCGGCCAUGUUCAUGAGCUUCGCUUACAGAAUCCAGAUGCAGAGAGUGGAUGGCUUCCUUACUUUGGCUAUGAAAAGUCAGGAUUAAGUGGGAAGAUAAACCCUUCUCUUCUCGUUUUGAAAAGGUUAAGUCAUUUGGACUUGAGCUACAACAAUUUCAAAGGACUUCAAAUUCCAGAUUUUAUUAGUUCUCUCACGCAUCUACGAGUUCUCGACUUGUCUGAAGCUGGUUUUGGAGGGUUGAUUCCUCAACAACUUGGUAACCUUUCUAGUUUAGUAUCUCUUCGUCUUAAAGGACGUGAUGAUUAUACAAGCACCUUACGUGUUCAAGAUCUUCAAUGGCUCUCCAACCUUCGUUUGCUUAAACAUCUCGAUUUGAGCUUUGUUAAUCUUAGCAAUGCAUCGAAUUGGGUAGAGAAGGUGAAUAUGGUUGGGUCUAUUGAAGAAUUGUACUUGGCUGGUUGUUAUCUUGAUUCCCAUACUUCGCUUCUUACUAAUAAUAAUUUCACUUCCAUUUCUACACUCGAUCUUUCUCACAACAAUUUCGAACCAUCAUUACCUCGUUGGAUUCUCAGUAUCACCACCCUGGAUUCACUUUCUUUAUCUCAAAUUGGUAUUUCUGGACCAAUCCCAUUCGGUCUAAGGAACAUGAGCAAUCUUCAAAAUCUUGACCUCUCUUCAAACCUAUUAGAUUCUAGUAUACCUAAAUGGGUAGGAAAUUUCUCAUCUUUAAUUUCGUUAGAUUUGUCGAACAACCAGUUGAAUGGAAGUCUUCCCGAAAGUCUUGGUCACCUUUCCAUGUUAGAAGGCUUGUACAUUUCCAGUAAUUUUCUUGAAGGAAUCGUCUCAGAGGCUCAUUUUUCCAAUCUCACAAACAUGAUUUAUCUGUAUGCAUCAGACAAUUCAUUGUCCAUGCACGUGAGUCCAGAUUGGAAUCCAGUUUUCCAGCUUGAACAAAUGGAAUUAAGAUCUUGGAAACUCGGCCCCAAGUUUCCUAGUUGGCUUCGAUCUCAAAACAAGCUGUUGGACUUGGACUUGUCAUGUGGUCAAAUAGCCGAUAGUGUUCCUUAUUGGUUUUGGGAUGAGUUAUCAUCUCAUUUUAUGUACUUGAAUCUUUCUCAUAACCAGCUUCAUGGUGAGAUACCAAACAUAGCACCAACACUAGGUGCUAUUCACUCAGUGAUGUACUUGAACUCGAACAAAUUCAGUGGUUCAUUGCCUUUAUUCCCUCCAAACUUACGGGAGUUGGAUGUUUCAAGGAAUUCAAUUUCGGGUAACAUCUCAAGGUUCUUAUGUGACAAACAACCACAUGAGUUGAAAAUCCUUCACCUAGGAGACAACUUAUUCUCAGGGAAAAUCGCAAAUUGCUGGAACAAUUGGCUGCAACUGGAAGUGCUAAUGCUUGGAAACAAUAACUUCACAGGGAGUAUACCGAUAUCCAUUGGACAUCUACAAGGCUUACGCUCCUUACACCUACGCAACAAUAGCUUCACCGGAGUCAUCCCUUUGUCUUUGCAGAAAUGCAAGAAUUUGACUAUGAUCGAUCUUAGCAUAAAUAAUUUUAUUGGUAACAUACCCACAUGGAUAGGGAAAAUGCUUACCAAAGUUAUGGUGUUGAUCCUCCGUUCAAACAAGAUCAGUAGUGAUAUACCUCAUCAGCUCUGUGAACUUGUCUCCCUUCAAAUCUUGGACCUCUCAAACAACAAGUUGACUGGAAAGAUUCCGAAAUGCAUCAACAAGUUGAGUGCAAUGACCAGAGUUAAAUACUCAAACCACACAGCGAUAUCCUACGCUUAUUAUGGUGGAGAGAUUGCAAUUUUGGAAAACGCGUUUUUGGUCACGAAAGGAUUGGAGUUCCAAUAUGACAGCAUCCUUUCUCUGAUGACGCUUAUCGAUCUCUCAAACAAUGUUUUGUCAGGAGAGAUACCAGAGGAACUAACAAGCUUAAAAGGGUUACGAGCGUUGAAUCUAUCAAAGAAUCAUCUGUCAGGAGUGAUCCCAAAAAGUAUUUCGAACAUGGGACUAGUUGAAUCACUUGAUUUGUCAACCAAUCAGCUAUCUGGUAAAAUUCCUGCAAGCAUUGCAAGCUUGAGUUUCUUAAACUACUUCAAUGUGUCGUUUAAUGAGUUGUCUGGCCAAAUUCCGACAAGCACUCAGCUCCAGAGCUUCGAUGCUUCUUCAUAUGUGGGAAAUAAGCUAUGUGGACCACCAUUACAAAAUGACUGCAUCGACAAUACCAUAGAAGCUGAUCACCAAGAUGACAAUGAUGAUGCAAAGGAAUCUGAGAAGUUCUACAUAUGCAUGAUAAUUGGUUUCGUAGUGGGCUUUUGGGGAUUGAUUAGUCCGUUGCUCUAUAGCUACUCAUGGAGACGCACAUACUUCAGAUUUCUAGAUGCUAAUUGGUGUCGAGUUUAUGUUUAUGUUAGGAGAUGGUUUAGGUGCUGCUAGAUUAAUUUCUUUAUACAUGUAUUUAUAAUAUAUUGUACUAGUAUCAAUGUUAUUAAGAUCUAUAUCCUAUAUAAGAUCGUUGUUCGCUUUGCAAAA